AUGGUCCUGAAAACAUCGCACGACCAAUACCCGCCCUUCGCCGAAGGGCUGCGAACCGCACCGCUCGUGUCCAUCUCUCUCACAAAACUCGAGGCCUUCGAUGAGGACGAGUCGCGUACCUUCUUCCAGGCGUCCAAGGAUCUCGGCUUCUUCUACCUGAGCAUGGAAGGGUCAGCCUUGGGGGAGAAGAUUGUGCAGCAGGCCGAAGAGCUCCACGCCGUGCAGAAGCAGUUCCACGCCUUACCAAACGAGGAGAAGGAGCGGUUUUUGAGAGAGAAGCUCGACCCGUUCUUUGGGUAUCGGAUCCUGGGCACGCGCGAGGCGGAGGAUGGGACGAUCCAGCGGAAUGAGAAUUAUAAUAUGCGCAAAGACGACCUCAUCGGCAACUGCACGCCGUUGCCCUGCCCGGACCUGAUCAAGCAGCACUGGACCCUUCUGGGGGAUUACGCCCGCAACUGCCGCGCCGCCAUCGACCUCAUGUUCACGCACCUGGAGAAGAAUCUUGAACUCCCAAUCGGCACUCUGGCAAACCUGCACCGCAUCGAAGAGCGGUCGGGCGACCAUGUGCGGUUCAACAAGUCUGCCCCGGGCAAAUUCGACGAGCAGAAAGCCAGGCUGGGCGAGCACACCGACUUUGGCUCCCUGACCAUCCUGUUCAACUGGAUGGGUGGCCUGCAGAUCCGCCUUCCCGACACAAGCGAUUGGGUCUAUGUGCGUCCCGUGCCCGGCUCCGCCGUGGUUAACUUGGGGGAUGCCCUGGUCAAGUUCACGGCGGGACUGUUGCGGUCCAACGUCCACCGCGUCGUCCCGGCGUCGCCGCCCCAGGACAAGAUCGAUCGCCACAGUCUGGUGUUUUUCUCCCGUCCCGAAGACGCCGUCGUCCUGCGCCGCCUCAAGGGCGGGAUUAUCGACAAGCAACCUCAAACGCAGAAGGAGGAGAUGGAGUUGACCAGCGAGGAGUGGAUUCUCCGACGCAGUGUCGGCGAUCUCAAGGGCGUGUAUACACACCAAGGAGGCCUGGAGCUGCGGUUCCCCAUGGUCGAAGGCAAAGCCUGA